GCUCAUUUCUCUCUGGUGCACUAUGCUGGCACUGUGGACUACAAUGUUGUUGGCUGGCUGGAAAAGAACAAGGAUCCUCUGAAUGACACUGUAGUCCAGCUUUACCAGAAGUCCUCUUGCAAGCUUCUGGCUUUGCUAUAUGCAUCCCAUGCCUCAGCAGAAGGAGAGGGUGGUGGCAAGAAAGCUGGUAAGAAGAAGGGAGGUUCCUUCCAGACGGUGUCAGCAUUGUUCAGGGAAAAUCUGGGCAAGCUGAUGACCAAUCUGAGGAGCACACAUCCACAUUUUGUGCGCUGCUUGAUUCCCAAUGAGUCUAAGACUCCAGGUCUGAUGGAGAAUUUCUUAGUCAUCCACCAGCUGAGGUGUAACGGCGUGCUGGAGGGUAUCAGGAUCUGCAGGAAAGGUUUCCCCAGCAGGAUUCUCUAUGGUGACUUCAAGCAGAGAUACAAAGUGUUGAAUGCCAGUGUCAUCCCUGAGGGACAGUUCAUUGACAACAAGAAGGCCUCUGAGAAACUUUUGGGCUCUAUUGAUGUUGACCAUUCUCAGUACAAGUUUGGGCACACCAAGGUGUUCUUUAAGGCUGGACUACUGGGAGUUCUGGAGGAGAUGCGAGAUGAAAAGCUGGCAGAGCUGGUCACAAUGACUCAGGCUGUCUGCAGAGGAUUCCUCAUGAGGCGCGAAUUUGUCAAGAUGAUGGAGAGGCGAGACGCCAUUUUCACCAUCCAGUACAACAUCCGCGCAUUCAUGAACGUCAAGACUUGGCCAUGGAUGAAGCUGUACUUCAAGAUCAAACCUCUGCUGAAGAGUGCAGAGACGGAGAAGGAGAUGGCCCAAAUGAAAGAAGACUU